UAUGCAAACAACAUAAUUUAUAAACUAUUAAUGCGUGAAAUAAAUGUUCACGGACUUGAACUUUAUUCUAUACUGAAGAUUACUCAUUUGAAUAAUUGAUCCUAUAUCGAUGUUAUUUUGAUAUUGAAUAUAACCCUUUUCGACCUGAAAUAUUUGAUUUGAUAUAUAGAUAAUAGAGAUAGUAGUUCUUAUUCCGAGUGAGACAAAAAUAAGUCAGACAGACAAAAUCGCAACGUUGCUUUAUAUUCGUUUUUAAGACAAAGGGAUAUUGAUGUAACGUCUAUGAUCAUUUCAUUCAAAAGAAAAUGGAUAAAAAUUUAGGAAGGCAAAUUAUGAGAGAUUUCCCCAAAAGCAGAUUAGUUAAAAGAAAAGAAACGGCUCGGCGGAAUUUAAUGGGUUCUAUUUCUACAAGACAAGGUGAUAUGAGGUACGGUAAACCAUGCUUGUACGUUGAAAAGUUACAACCUAAAAUUAAAUUUCAAAGAAUUAAUUCAAAGGGAAGACCUCUGGAAAAAGAUAAUAACAUUCGUACAGACGAUUGCAAUAACCGCUCGAAACACAGCUCAAUAAUGAAAACUGAUUCGAACAAAAAAACUGUCGACGAUUGUGCUUGUACUGAAAAUUCUUGGACAAAUGUCUCUAAAGGACGUACACAUAAAGCAAAGUUUCAACCCAUCACCCUUCCAGGGAUAACUUUAGAAUUUAACGUAGGCCAUAAUGGUAUGUGUAUGACGUCAUCAUCGACGGGAUGUGAGGAUGAAGAACGAGCUUUUGGAACGCCUUACGAAGACGUCUUGAACAAAUCCAAAUACAAUAUAUUAAACCCCUGUCGAGCUCGCUACCGACCAGUCACCCCAGGUCUUUUAGAAACACUAAACAAAUUAAAAAUACCAUCAAAAACUAAAACAGAACAAUGGAUAAAAUCAACACAUAGAUCUCUCAACGAUCACAUGUAUGAAACAGAUCGAACGAAUGAUAAAGUAAAAUGGAUAUAUGAAAAUUAAAGGAUUUGCAUGUUCCUUUAUUUCGGAAUCAAGGGUGAUUUAUCUUAAAAUACACAGUCAUGGAUCAAAACUAUGCAAUGUCACAAUACCAUUCAAAAUGAUGAUAUUACUGCCGGAAUGGAAGAUAUGACGUUUAAAUGCACUUUAUACUAUAUAAUGUUGACAAACUUGAAAAAAAAUGUUUAUAUGUCAACAUUUGAUGGAGAGCAAAGCAAACAUUUGUGCCGUAAAGAAAAUUCGUGACAGAUCUAUAAUAAUAAUCAAUGAAGGAAAGAGUGUAUACCAGUUUUGUAUAAAUGAAACGCUAUAGUUAAGUUUAAAACUACUCGUCAAAAACAAAGUUGUACAUGUAGUUAUAAGCUAUAAAUCAUUCCUUUACAUUUUUUUUGCAAAUUUUGUAUCGGAAGUUUUAUACUCUUUAUGAAAAAUUAAAUACUCAAGGGAGGGGUUACUGUGGUAAACAUGAAAUGUAUAAAUUGCUUUGGCGUGCAAAAGGGUUAUAGAAUUUAAAUCGAUUUUUAAGAAACUUGUUCGAAAAUAAUAAUUAUUUUAGUAGUAUUUGUGUCACUUACAUAGACGAAAGUGGGAAAUUGUAUCAAAAAUGGCCAUAAAGCAGGCGAUUUAAGGUCAAAUGGCGUAAUUCAGUUACAUGUCGAUAUUGUAAUGAUCAGAGUUGACACAGUCAUGCUAUAAAGUUAUUUCAACAGUGAUUUCAUUUAAAUGUCGGCUGCUAAUUAAAGAACAAACACUGAUUGUGCUUGAUAAAAUCAAUGUCACACACAAUAAAAUGGUUUGGAAUAUUCUAUAUUGUUUAUCCAAAUAUUUGAUUAAAACGUUAAACGUCGAAAUCAAUUAAAGAAUAUAUUAAUAUGUAAUUGGGAAUCGUUAAGGUAUACAAAUUUAGUAUUUAUUUUACGUAGAUGGAUUUUUCUUAACAAUUGUUGGUAGAUGAAUGCCCCUUUUUAACAAAAGUUAUACAAGGACUGUUUAAAGUUUAAUGGAUAGGAUAAUAAAUUGUAACGAUGACCUUAGAAUAGUUUCUAACCUUAAAUAUAUCACUAUGAAUGACACAACAAAUAGUUGUAUAAGUU